GGCGUAGUGCAUAUUAUUGUGUGAAAAAGUUGCUAAAUAUCAACGUUCCAGUGUAGCAUCGUUGGUGCCAUUAGUAGCAAACGCUUUGAGCUAUUCCCGGGCCGUGAUAUUAAUUCGCUAGACGUGCUGUGAAGACAGAUUUUAGCGGGCAGCAUCCAUUUUGAUAACACAACGUUGUGCUAGCAUGUUUACAGUAAACACACAUCAGCACGGGAGUACGCGGCAAAUACUGUUCCAUCUAUCUCAAAUUACGCCACAACGUAGUACAAUUGCCUUCAAGAAGUUGCAUAGACAGCAACAACAGCAGCAGGGCAGGGAAGCAGUAUCUCAGCUAGCGCAGCAGGACUUUGUUCCACGUUUGAAGAAGUCACUUGUCCAAUUUUAUACCGAUGCGUUCCGAAGUUCAGUGGAGCCAGCUGCGUCGUCAGCUACGGCAGCGAAAGUGCCGUCGGAGGAGCUGUUCCGGUUGAAAUUACCCCGCCGACUAGAGCGAAAUCUACUGAAGCACUUCAGUCAGGUGGAACUAUUGGGCAGUAUAAAGGAAAACACGCCUUGGAGUUUAAACGUAACACCUAAAGUGAAAAAGGGAAAGCAUGAUGCAAUCACUGAACAUAUAAGCUUCAGUGGCGAAUCCGUGCAGAAAAUUGCCCGAAACCUUCUGUCGCAGCGUACGAGCUGGAACUUUGUCCACCAGCGUGGCUUUAAAACGGUUCGUUCUAUUAACGCCGAACAGAAGCGCAAUCCGGCCUUAUACACAAGAAUGAAGGAUGCGUUGGGAAAUCCACCCCCACCAAUCUCGCACAAGUACGAUCCGGUAGCCUACUCGGCACAAACGAUCAGUCCUACGGCGCAUGGCGAACCACUGAACAAGCUGCUGGCCGAUGAUCCGAUGCUCUCGGAUGAGCAGCGACAGCGAUUGAAGAUUGCUUUCGCUGAAGGCUACCUCACUGCGUCCCAUCCGGAUCAGCAGAAUCGCUCUAGCAAGGCGAUGAAGUAUUUGAAAUUCUUUCAGCAGCUGCUGAUUAUCGUCGUGUUUAUCGGCAUUUUCAUUAGCAUGUUUGCAUCGCCAAACGGAUCCGUGUUUAGUAGAAUACAAAUUGGCAAUCAGGUGGAGGUUGAUCCGGAGGACAUUACCGUAACGUUCGAUGAUGUUAAGGGUUGCGAUGAGGCAAAGCAGGAACUGAAAGAGGUGGUUGAAUUCCUUAAAAACCCUGGCAAGUUUAGCAACCUUGGGGGCAAGCUGCCCAAGGGUGUACUGUUGGUUGGACCACCCGGGACGGGUAAGACGCUGCUUGCACGUGCCGUUGCCGGUGAGGCAGGUGUGCCAUUUUUCCAUGCUGCUGGACCGGAGUUUGAUGAAGUAUUGGUAGGACAGGGAGCUCGCCGAGUCCGGGAUCUUUUCAAAGCCGCCAAGGAACGUGCCCCAUGCGUUAUAUUCAUCGAUGAAAUCGAUUCCGUCGGUGCGAAGCGUACCAACUCGGUGUUGCAUCCGUAUGCGAACCAAACGAUCAAUCAACUGUUAUCGGAGAUGGAUGGGUUCCAACAGAACGAAGGUGUGAUCGUGAUGGGUGCAACGAAUCGACGCGACGAUCUCGAUCAGGCGCUGUUGCGUCCGGGACGAUUUGAUGUGGAGGUGGUUGUGCCGACGCCUGACUUCACCGGUCGGAAGGAAAUUCUCACAUACUAUUUGAGCAAAAUUCUUAGCCGUGAAAUCAACAUCGAUCAGCUUGCACGGGGGACGACCGGAUUCACGGGAGCCGACAUUGAGAAUAUGGUCAACCAGGCAGCUCUACGGGCGGCUAUCGAUGGAGCGGAAACAGUAUCAAUGAAACAUUUGGAAAAUGCACGAGACAAGGUACUUAUGGGACCGGAGCGAAAGUCACGUUUGCCGGAUGAGGAAGCGAACAAAAUUACUGCUUACCAUGAAGGUGGACACGCCAUAGUCGCUUACUACACAAAGGAAUCACAUCCGCUUCACAAGGUAACAAUCAUGCCACGUGGUCCAUCCCUCGGACAUACGGCUUACAUACCGGAAAAAGAACGCUACCAUGUAACUAAACAACAACUACUGGCCAUGAUGGAUACCAUGAUGGGUGGUCGGGCUGCGGAGGAAUUGAUUUUUGGAGCAGAUAAAAUUACAUCCGGUGCCAGCAGUGACCUGAAACAAGCCACUUCCAUUGCGGCGCACAUGGUUAAGGAGUGGGGUAUGUCGGAGAGGGUAGGUUUGCGUACGAUUGAGGGUCCGAAAGGAUUCGGACAGAACGAGGUCCUCUCAGCUUCUACGAUCGAGAGCGUCGAUAACGAGAUAAAGAAGCUGCUAAACGAUAGCUACGAACGCGCAAAGGCGAUACUGAAGCAACACGCCAAGGAGCAUAAGGCUUUAGCAGAAGCGCUGCUUAAAUACGAAACAUUGGACGCUGAAGACAUCAAAGCGAUCAUGGGCGGAGAAAAGUUGGCAGCUGAUGAGAACUAAGGAACGAAUGUCGAUCUGUUUCAAUAAUGUGCGAUCACAAAGUAAGGUCAGCUCUCGAAGCCAGCGCGCAUGCUUACAACGCAAAGUGUUCUACCGAUGGGAAUCAUAUAUGUGUGUGUGGAAAUAUAAUUCAUCCCCAUAGAUUCGGGCGGCUAAAAACGAGCUAAAAACGUAAAUGAUCUUACAAAGUAAAUUGCAGUAAGGGUUGAGGUCUUUCAGAAUGUUUGACUAUGCCCGUAAGUUGAUUUUUGUACGGUACCAAGACUCCCCCCACACUUCCCCUUGAUGAUAUAGUUCGACUACAGUACGAUUUAUGUUGCUAAUAAGAAGCAUAACAAAGGAUCUAAUGCGAACGCGGUAAAUCGCCUGUUAUCCAUCGAAUAUGAAGUUAUAAACUCUUACAUAAAAAGAUAUAUACAAGCGUGUAUAUACAUAUACAUAUUAUUUCUUAGGUUGCACGCUUUAUCAAAAAUAUUCGAAGGCCCAUAACGUGUGAAAGGCUAGUAAACUGAAAAAAAUGAAAAAAAAACUCGAAAGUGAAAAUAGAGCGCACGAAGGACAC